ACCCAAUUGAAACGUUUGCAAGCAUAAGAGGGAGGCGGGCAGAAGCAGCCUUCACGUAGCUGGAAGUACCGGUAUUCGUGAUCCUACUUAGGAGUACCAGCAUAUGCAGCUUGCUGAGGGAGUUUCGCUUCGGGUCAAGAUUGCUGGCACGGACUACUCCCUGAGGGCGUUAGACGGUCAACUCACACUUUUGAAAGGGACAAACCCUGCACGAAUUGUUGUUGGAAGUGUUUCGAUUUUAGUGAACCAUGGCUUUUGUCAUCCAACAUAUCCCUGCUCCCCUCGCACCCGUAAAGGAAGUAGUCCUCUAUCCCUACAAGGCGACAUGCUAUUCAUAUCUGAGGCAAACCCCUACGGCCCAGGCGCCCAAUCCUGCCAAACCGCUGUCCUGCAACAAAGACCAGGGUAACCUGUUUCUUGAGUUUCACAGUCGGUACACCCAUCAGCUCCAAGUUUCCGAGAUGGUCAGUAUCGCCGUGUCUCUCCAACCAUACGCCCUAGCCACCAAAUUUUUCCCAGCGGAGGGCUGCGACUGGCCCGAAAAACCUGAGAUUGUCGUCACCAUCUCUUUAAGCCCAACGCCUAUAAACAAUGCCGCAAACCAUGGCUAUUAUAAUGCACCCGAGAAGCUGCAGUACAGGGGGAGCGUGUCUGACAGGUACAAAUUGAAUCUUGUGACAAGCAAAGUGCCUACUGGAUAUCGCAUUGAAAUGAAGGGGCUUGAGGUGGCAAGCGCCGACCAACACUCAUAUCCACUGUUUUGCGAAAGCGUUGAUGGUUUUGGUUCAGAAACAAUGUCGGCCUUCGUGCAUCUACGGCACAACGGCAGGUUCAAAGUCUUUUUUGAGCUGCGGUUAGUGGCUGUCAAGCCACAUGCCAAUUUACUCAAAACAGCGCAGACUUUGGCGGGCAGGCUGAUCAGCAGUGCGGAGGAAACGGGCGAUGUCAUCCUGAGAACUCAGGCCGGCACUGAGUUGCCGGCGCACUCGGCCGUUUUAUCAGACAUCCCCUAUUUCAAGGCCCGUUUUGGACCCGAUUGGAGGAAGGAGCCCGCGGCAGGAGAGCCUACGGUGUGUUUACUUCCCGUAGAAGCCAGUGAGGAGAGUUUGACCAUCUUCCGGUCGUACGUGUAUGGCGAGCCGCACACUCUGGGAGCAAUCAAAUCGCACGAAGUGCUUCAGGCGCUCUUCUCACUUGGAGAAGCUUGCGACCUCCCAACCCUAUGUAAAGAGGUCGCAAGUGUUGUCAAGAUUCAAGAAAACGAGGUCUCGGAUUGGGUAGAUUGGCUGGGAAGGGAACACCUUCCCGAGAUACAACCAAUCAGGAAACAGGUAACAGCUCUUGUGAAGCAAGCCGUGCUGUCUAAGAAGACCUUCUGGGAGGAGCUGUCAAUGGAGGACCUGAGCCACAUCUACCACGCUACGAAGCGGCAUAAGAAAAGCGACUAAUAGCUACCAUGGGACACUUUAACUCCUAUUAAAUUCCCCCCGAUACGGCCUCAGUUAUGGCAGAUUGUGCUACUUGAGUUGACAAGAUAUGAGUUUGCCAAAUGCAGCACAUACAAUCAGCACCAAGCGGGUCAGCGGC